CAAACCAAGAUUGAACAGAGAAUACAGGAGUUUCGUUGCCAACGUGAAACAGACCGAUUGGAGAUAAAAGAACUUAGCUUUAUAUAAUGAAGACCAACCUACUUUCCGUAAAAUGGAAGGGUUCAGCGAAAUCAACGAAGUCAUAAAAUAGAAGCAUAUCAAACUAUCCGAAAGAUCCAAAAAUUCAGUUUACGUUCGUCCAAAUGGCCGGUAAACAUAAGUCAACAGAUGGACAACAACAACAGUUAACGGUUGCUCUACGAAUUCGGCCAAUAUUUGCCAACGAAGCGAACAGAGGACCUGGAGUAGUGGCUAGAGCAGUUGCUGGGAAAAUAGUCAUAUUUCAAAACCCACAAGCACGGAAUACCGCCGAUGUUUUACGUGCCAAAAGAUCUCACGAGAAACGAUUUGUAUUCGACUGGGCCUUCGAUGGCAAGACAACACAGGAGGAAGUGUACAUCAAAACCACUAAACAGCUCGUGGACAACGUCAUGAAAGGAUACAAUGCUACGGUAUUCGCUUACGGAGCCACUGGUGCUGGGAAAACCCAUACAAUGGUUGGCACGGAUCAAGAUCCGGGAAUUAUGGUGAGGGCUCUAAGUGACCUCUUCAAAGAAGUUCGAAACAAUAGUGAUGCCACAUCCUACGAGGUCAAAAUGUCAUAUUUGGAGGUUUAUAAUGAAAACAUACGUGAUCUUCUGAAUUCCCAUUCUGGACAACUUGACCUCCGGGAAGAUUCACAAGGGAACCACCAGGUGAUAGGACUAUCGGAAGUAUCAGUUUCUAACGAAUAUGAGGUGAUGAAAAUUUUGACCAAAGGAAACAAAAACAGGACCCAAGAAGCCACAGGGGCGAAUCAAACAUCUUCACGCUCACAUGCAAUGCUUCAAGUGCACGUGAAGCAAAGUGACAGACUGCGAAACACCGUACAAAAGGUUCGGACAGGAACGUUGUAUAUGGUAGAUCUGGCGGGCUCCGAGAGGGCGUCUCAUACUCGUAACACCGGGCAACGUUUUAAAGAAGGAGCACAUAUAAAUAUGUCUCUCUUGGCUUUAGGAAACUGCAUCAAUGCUCUGGCGGUUCGAGGGGUUAAGUACGUGAAUUUCCGGGACAGUAAAUUAACUAGACUUCUGAAGGAACCCCUGAGUGGUAACUGUCAGACAGUGAUGAUAGCUCACAUCAGUCCAGCAGCCAUCCACUUUGACGAAUCACGUAACACUUUGCUUUAUGCAGAUAGAGCCAAAAAUAUUACCAACAAGGUGAGCAAUGAGAAGAAGAUGAGCGAUGAAGACAUGAAAAAACUCCGAGACGAUAUAAUUGUUUCGUUUAACCGCCAGAUGGAAGUCAGGAAGAAGGUUAUGGAGAUAGACAACAAGCUACUGGAAUUAACCACAGAGUUUGGAAAACUUGCUAUCACUCUGAAUGACUGGGAAACAGAAAAAGCGAAGUUAGAUUCCGAGAAAGAUAAAGAAACGAGCGACGGCGAGGAAGAAGAAGAACCUCAGCACGUGCGGCAGGCAUGGGAUGAUAUCGAGUUUGUUAUUUCAGAACAACAUCGCUAUUUGUCACUGAGAGAAGAGACGGAGAAAGAGUACGAUUCCUGUUGUGAGAAGACCUAUAAACUGGCUGAAACUUUGCCACAAAAGACAAAUUCAGAAGAACAGAAAGAACUUCUUGACAUACUAAUGAGAGUUCAUGAACUUGAAAUUGAAAAAAUGGAGAUGCAGGCGGAUCAAAUUCUUAGAGAGCACGAGCUACGACAACGUGACAUCCUUCUCGCCCGAUUUGAUAAGCAGCGCCAGCUAUGUGACGAAAUUAUUACUAAGCAGCGUGCCAUGAUUGAUUCUAUGGAUAACGGAGAUGACAAAAAUAUGAAACCAUCAAGAGAACUAUUGGAGCUAUACCAGAUUUACAGCCGUGAGUUUGAUGGUCGGGAAUCAGUGAUUAACCAACUCAACAAUAACGAUCACAGGACUAACUCUUUAUGGAAAGCGAGGCCACCAGGGACCACCGACAGCAUGUUAAGUGUGAAGAAUGUUGAACGUAGGCCUAGAAGAAACUCACUUCAGCUUCCACCAAUAAGCAGGUAG